AUGGUCUCCAACAGCCAGAUCAUGGAUAACCAGCGUCAGCAAUAUCUUCCCGGGCCUCCCCCCCCCCCAGGUCAAGGUACUCUGGGCCAUCUUCCACCUCCUCCGCCCCGACCAUAUCCGCAGUCCAAUCUGCCUCCUCCGCCUCCAGGGCCGCAUCCAUCAGCGGCCCUACCGUUAGGGAGCGUUUUCGGAAUUCCUGGGUCGCAAUGGCAACCGCCAUGGGGAAGAUCUGGAUUGGGUCAAAAUAUCCCCCCUCCACCGCCUAUGGUCGGCCACAAUCAGGCCCAAGUCCAAAAUUUGCCCUACGGUAUGCGCCAGCCGUCUCAUCUCAACAUACCACCUCCACCUCCACAGAAUGAUAAACCAAUUCUGUCCGCGACAUUUAUCCCGACGGGCGAUUCCUUCGGUCCAGGAGUGGGAAUCCCUCCCCUUGAUGAUUAUUCGUCAUACUCCCGGUACGACACUCCAUUCACUUCGGAACCCUCCCUCUCUCAUUCGGAGCAGAAAUACUUGGACGGUACAACGACGUCGCACAGUUAUUCUUACCCAAAUCCGUCUCAGCCCAAUCCUGAUAUUGCCAACAGAGAAUCCCGUGCUGCCUCGGCAUCUUCUAACAGGCCUUCGUUCACUCUCCCGCUCCGUGACAUCAAUGAGCCAGUCUCUCCCGGACCCCCUACUGCCACAUUGCAGAAUCCCCAAACAAGUGGUGACCACAAUCGACAGCGAGCGCACAGUGCGGCCGUCACCAGCAAUACUUCGAGCGAGAUUGGAUCGCAAUGGCCAUUAGAGCGUGUUCUCAUCUGGCUAGCAGCCAACGGAUUUUCCAAUGAUUGGCAAGAGACAUUCAGACUCCUCAAGCUUCAGGGCUCGGAAUUUCUCGAUCUCGGCCGUGGUCCCAAUGGACGAGGCAAUUUAGGCAUGAUGCAUCAGACAAUCUAUCCUCAGCUUGCCAAGGUCUGUUCUGGCAGCAAUACGGGAUGGGAUCAAGGUCGAGAGCGUGAAGAAGGCAAGAGACUGCGGAAACUGAUCUCGCGACUUGUAGAACAGGGCGGGGAAGGCCCAGCUAGCGCAGGUAUCGGGCAUCGAAGACGCGAGUCUGGCAUUAUUCCGAGUGCAUCCACAGAAGGCACCUUGGAAAAUUCGCCUCACCUCCCUCGAUCGGAGUUUGGCAGCACUCCUGGCACCGCGGGGACUGAGGGAAGCCCGGGAAAGCAAAUGCCUGCACAAUUUCCGGUAGGAUUAGGUCCCCGAAACUCCCAGGGACGAAGCAGCACGAUGCCGGUUUUCAGCAAGCAUAGCAGCACUGCUUCCACUCCAAGCGAUCCCAAGCCGCCAGACAGCCUUCAUGGCGCCACCCGCGCUGACUAUACUAGAGGUGUUUUGACCGGUAUCAGCAGCCGUGGUCGCCACAGCCCGAACCUCUCGGGCGACAAUUCCACCAGUUUAUUACCAAAAGGCUUUGAGGCCUCGCCAAACGCCAGUCCAGGCCUAGUGAACGCCGUGCCCGUAUCAGACUCGAGUUCCUCUCAAACCUACCGGCCCGACCACAGUAAGAGCAACAGCACUGACUCCAUGCCCAAGGCAAGCAGCCAACCUCGGUCUACGGUUGGUAAUCAAGGCGCAUCUGAACCCGGCAGAAGUGCGGCAUCUGGAUCCUCUGAUGGCGCAGCUUCUGGACGGUUCUAUGCGGAUCGACGCGACGCGCAGGAAAUGGCAAGACCCUCACCACUCGAGGUCCAACGGACAUGGAGCAACGACUACGCUCCAGGACCAGGAGGAAAAGAUCAGAGCAAAGGCUUUUUGAGCAAGUUCAUGAGGAAAAGGCACGAGCAUAGUCAACCUCCUCCGGAAGAUCAUGUGUUGGAAUCACCCACGAGUCCAGGAGGUUUCCGGCUGUUCUCGAAACCUGGUGCGAAUGGCAGUGAUUCAGCACUACUCCAACGUCCAGCUUCGGUGAGCGUGGCAAGCGAAGAUGAGAAAUCCACAUAUCCCGUCCGCCGGGGAACCAACAUUUCAAGACGAUAUAUGUUCGUCACGCCAGAUUGUUGGAAUUACCGACUCGUCGAUGUGACGGAGGUGGAUACUGCAGCUUCGUUGCGGAGUCUUAUUUGUGUCGAGCUCGGGAUAGCGGAUUCCGAAUAUGCCCAGAUUUUCGUCACCGAGCCCGGACAAACUGAUCAUGAAAAUCCGCUUUCAGACAACAUGCUGCUUGCUGUACGAAGUCGAACGGAUAAUUCAGGAAGCUUGAAGCUCUACGUGCAAAGCCCCACGUUGUCGGCCGUGAGGGGACCCAGUGCUCAAUCCGCCGGAUUAGGUGUUUCUUUGGGCCAAAAAGGGGAAGGGCCUCUGCGGGGUGCACCUAUGGUCAAGUCCAAUUCAUCUGGUGGAAUCGACCGUAAUGGAUAUCCGUUGAAUCCAAGUCCGGGAGCAGAUCAAACCGUGACAGACCCCGUUCUGCUUCAGAAACAAGCAGAAGAGUAUCGACGACAAACAGAGGCCAAGCACAAGGCAUUUCUCGAGACUCGUCGGGCACAGAAAGAACAAAGUUCCACAUAUAGUGGAGGCGGCAUCCGCGGAAGUACAGUCAUAGACUUUGAUAGUCCACGACUGUCGCCUUUUGAGGACAAGAAGGUGGAGAAUCUUGUACCUGUCCGACGGCCGCCAACAGCGCCGGCCGAGUCUACGACUCUGACCAAAGUCAAUUCUUUGAGAGCAAAGGGAUCAGGCAGUAGAUCCUCUCUGGAUGCCUUGAAGCGAAUUUCUGAUCCAAUCGCCGAAGAAGACAUGGACCGUGGAAAGAAAAAAACCAGUGGUUCCCCGGCAAUUGCUUCGGGUGGAAUUGGUGCUGCUUUGGCCAAUGUUGGUAAGAUGGCCGGGGCACCAGCGGCUUUAAGUAGCCAGGGCAUGCAGCAAGACCGAAAUCGAGCCAUGUCAGGUGGGUCGCCUCGUCCCGACUUGACCAGGGGUAAAGGCAAUAUGUUGUUCAGAGUUCCUAACUAUGAAGAAGGUUUCGGCGAGCCAUAUCAAGACAAUCGGCCACGCAAUCUUGCCUUGGACAACGCACGACGAUUCGGACCUUCUCCCAAUGUCAGUCCUUCUAGUGAGACCGCACCCCGACCUGUUCUUCAAACCAGAAAGUCGUACGGUCCAGAUCUUGAAUUCAAAGAGACGAACGUUUCGUUUGCUCCAUCGCCACAUCCGAUGAAGGAUGAAAAUUCCGACGAUGACUCCGACGAUGGCUUGUUUGCGAUUCCUUUGGCCAACAAAUCCAUGUCUAAGAGUGAUGGUCAAAUGGUCGGCGGCAAAGAUCAAAGACCGGCGCUGACAGUCGACACGGAUCACAACACCGGCAAGAAUGUUCGAUUCAAGUCACCAAGCUCAUCAAGUGGAGUCUCGUUGAAUCAGAAUCCUGGAGAUGAGAGCGCCACGACAAGCGGAGAGGCCUACGAACGGAGUCUCUCUGAUGGCAGUUUUAGUGGUUCUGCGCAGUCGCCAGAUGAUCGGAUGAGUCGGAGAGACUCUUUCAUUAGUGAUAUCUGGGCGAAUCGACCGGCCGUGGAAAAUGUUGUUCAUCAUCUCGACGAAUUUUUUCCGGGGGUCGAUCUCGAUAAACCUUAUCUUGAAGAAAUGGGAGAUAACAAUUCUCCGAUGAAGUCGGCCGAUCACGAUGCUCUUGACAAUUUCCAGAAUGCGUCAACAGGAGGCAUUACGUUUGGCACCGCAGGUCUGGAUCUUGAAUUCAAUCGGAAGAGUGAUUCAGACACUCUGGGAUCCGAUGAAUCAACUCUCAAAGCUAAAGACCGUGACAAAGUCGCCAGCGUGGCGCAGAGACAAGUUGGAAAGGCAACAGGCGGUAUUUCCCGAAUGAAAUCCAUCCGCGAAGUUGCACAAAAGAGGAAUGACAUCGGAAGAGGACCAUCCGUCGCAGCUCGGGUCGAGCAAGCCAAUGCCGGCAGCAUCGUUCGCCGGAAGAGCACGAAGAUGUUUGGUGGCAAAAUUGUCCAGAUCAGACCGAAGCCGGGCAACCGGCUCUCUACUCUCGAUCCAAUACCGCAAGAAGAAGUCCCUACCGACGACACGCCCAAGCGACAGGCAACAUUCAAGAUCAUUCGUGGUCAACUUAUCGGAAAAGGUACCUACGGACGUGUCUAUCUCGGUAUGAACGCGACAACCGGUGAAUUCCUGGCCGUCAAGCAGGUCGAAGUAAAUCAGAAAGUGGCAAGUCACGACAAAGAUCGCAUCAAGGAAAUGGUGGCGGCCCUCGACCAGGAAAUCGACACCAUGCAGCAUCUCGAGCAUCCCAACAUUGUCCAAUAUCUUGGUUGUGAGCGCAAAGAAUAUUCCAUCAGCAUUUAUCUCGAAUAUAUUCCCGGUGGUUCGAUCGGGAGCUGCCUUCGCAAGCAUGGAAAAUUCGAGGAAUCAGUGGUUCGAUCACUGACCCGACAAACUUUGGAAGGCCUCGCUUAUCUUCAUCACGAAGGUAUCCUCCAUCGGGAUUUGAAAGCCGACAACAUCCUCCUCGAUCUGGACGGAAGCUGUAAGAUCUCUGAUUUUGGUAUAUCGAAGAAAUCGGACAAUAUCUACGGCAACGACGUCACCAAUAGCAUGCAAGGUUCCGUCUUCUGGAUGGCACCAGAAGUGGUUCGGUCACAAGGACAAGGAUAUAGCGCCAAAGUUGACAUAUGGUCCCUUGGCUGUGUGGUCUUGGAAAUGUUUGCAGGAAAGAGACCGUGGAGUCGAGAAGAAGCCAUCGGUGCCAUCUUCAAGCUGGGAAGUCUCAGUCAGGCCCCACCUAUACCCGAAGACGUACAAUCGACCGCAACAGUCGACGGCUUGAACUUUAUGUACGACUGUUUCCAGGUUAAUCCAACUGACCGACCGACCGCCGACACACUCCUUCGACACUCCACAUUCUGUGUUCCGGACCCGUACUACAAUUUCUACGAUACCACAUUGGCGGCGAAAUUGAGAAAUGUAGAUGGAACUGGACUGGGUGGUUGA